UCUGUCCUCACUAUUUCACAGUGCACACACAUACACCCAGCCUGGGGGGUCAGGAUGAUGGCGCCUAUUAUUAAGGAACCCCUGCUCGUUUUUAUGUUGCUUGGAUGUAUACAGAAUACUCUUCAACUUAAGAAACCAGUGAGAUGUCCGUCUACAUGCAGCUGCACCAAGGAAUCAGUAAUUUGUGUCGGUUCUUCUGGGAUCCCAAAGACUAUCUCCAGCGACAUCAGCUCCUUGAGUCUGGUCAAUGGGACGUUUUCUGAGCUGAAGGACAGAAUGUUUUCUCAUCUGCCCUCCCUACAGCUGCUCUUGCUGAAUUCUAACUCAUUUACUGUCAUUCGAGACGAUGCCUUUGCUGGUCUCUUUCACCUUGAAUACCUGUUUAUAGAAGGAAAUAAAAUAGAGACUAUUUUCAGACAUGCUUUCAGAGGCCUCCGUGACCUGACCCAUCUUUCCCUGGCCAAUAACCAUAUUAAGACUCUGCCAAGAGACAUCUUCAGUGAUUUGGAUUCUCUCAUUGAGCUAGAUUUGCGGGGCAAUAGGUUUGAGUGUGACUGUAAAGCUAAGUGGCUAUUCUCAUGGCUGAAGAUGACAAACUCCACUGUGUCCGAUGUGCUCUGUGCCGGGCCAUCUGAGUAUCAAGGGAAGAAGCUGAAUGAAAUAACAAGCUUUGAUACAGACUGCAUAACAACCGAUUUUGUCAUUCAUCAAAUUUUGACGUACGAGUCUGUGUCAGUCGAUACCUUUCAAUAUAAGAAUGAUGUCUUUGUGGCUAUAGCACAACCAAGCAUGGAAAACUGUAUGGUCUUGGAAUGGGAUCACAUUGAAAUGAACUUCAGAAGUUAUGACAACAUUACAGGCCAGUCCAUUGUUGGAUGCAAAGCCAUACUCAUUGAUGAUCAAGUCUUCAUGGUGGUAGCCCAACUGUUUGGUGGCUCUCACAUAUACAAGUAUGAUGAAACCUGGGCCAAGUUCACAAAGUUCCAAGACAUUGAGGUCUCACGUAUCUCUAAGCCAAAUGACAUUGAGCUGUUUCAGAUUGAAGGAGAAAACUUUUUUGCGAUUGCUGACAGCUCCAAGGCGGGUCUGACAACUGUGUAUAAGUGGAAUGGUAAAGGCUUCUACUCCUACCAAUCCCUUCAUGAAUGGUUCCGUGACACUGAUGCAGAAUUCAUCGAAAUUGACGAGAAGCCUCAUCUUAUAUUGUCCAGCCGAUCUCAAGUACCGCUCAUCUUACAGUGGAACAAAAGCACAAAGAAAUUCACCCCUCUGAGUGACAUCCCAAACAUGGAGGAUGUCCUAGCAGUCAAAAGCUUCAGAAUGAAAGAUGAGCUCUACAUUUCAUUGACCAGGUUUAUCGGAGACUCAAAAAUCAUGAAAUGGAGCAACAAGCAGUUUGUUGACAUCCAAGCUCUACCAUCUCGUGGAGCUAUGGCAUUGCAACCCUUUAUCUUUAAGGACAGAUAUUACCUGGCACUAGGGAGUGAUUAUACCUUUUCACAAAUAUACCAGUGGGAUCCUCAAAAGAAGAUUUUUGAAAAGUUCAAAGAGAUAUACAUACAAGCACCUCGUUCCUUUACCGCAGUGUCAACCGAUCGACGGGAUUUUAUUUUUGCCUCUAGUUUUAAAGGAAAUACACAGAUUUUUGAACAUGUCAUUGUUGACCUGAGCUUGUAAGAACACAGCUAGGGUGGACUGGAUAUCUCCUGAAGAAAUACAGGGAACUAUUUGCUGUACCAGGAGAUCGUGCAUUUAAGUAAUAUGUUCAAAUGCACAUUUUGAGUAAUUUGCAUGACCUUACUCAUUUAUCAAUUUUAAUAAUUGUCAACAUUUUUUGUAACAGAUACUGAACUCCUGGAACAUCUAUAACAAAAUGCUUUUUUCAAGGACGUCAAAUGAAUUUGUUUGUAUAUUUCAUAAAUCAUUAGCCUGGUAGAGUAGAGCUGUAAGGUCUAAUGUAAAUGAUAGUGCCUAAACAUCUGAAGCACCUAGGUUUGCCUGUCUAUUCUAAAUGGAAUAAAGGGAUUGUUUUAACGUCCGAAAUUUCAACUUAUAACAUUUUCUCCAUGUGAAAAUAUUUCUACAGUCAUAUUGUAUAUAUCUGAUAACAGCCAUAUUUUGUAUAUAGAUCCUGCACUAUUUUAACACAGUGACUAUUGUAACAUCAGGUGUACUAAACCUUUAAAUUCUCAACCUACAGUAUGUAGUUCUUGUUAUCCAUAUCAUAACUUAAAGAAUAUGUAUACGACUAUAAAGCAAGAGUUUUAAUCUUGCCUGUUUGUUUAGUACAAUGUGGAGAUGAACAUUAAAAUUUGCAUAACAAAAAACAGUCAACAUACGUAGUAAAAUGUUCACCUAUUUAUUUGUAGUCUUGAUACACAAUAUUAUAUAAAAUACACAAUUCACACUGCUAAUAAGCCUAUAUUUGUGUGUGGCCACUCAGCUUUCUUUUAACCCAAAGGUCCAAGAAAUAAGACUGUCCAGGGAAAUUAGGCCCAGUCAAGAUUUCAAAAUUGCCAAUACAAGCAUGUGGACAAGCAAAGAUGACCUUAUGACAAAAAUAUCAAAGUAACAAAAAAAAGACAUGCAACAUAUGGGAAACUGCAGUUCUAACCCUGCUAAGACAACAUAUAAGUGCAAAAUCACUUAGAACAGGUCCCCUUGGGUAAUAGUGGGGGAGGACUUUGAAAGUGCCAACUGCUGUUCUGAGCAUUAAAAAGCCA